AUGUUGGGUUUUCACAAGAGGACGAGGAGUUUGAUUCCGGUCAAGGAGCUGGCGAAGUACGAUGUUGUUCCGGUUGAGGAGGAAAUGUAUGGAUAUGAGAGCGAGAGCGAGGAAGAGCUGGAGAAGCAGAACACAGACGCGUUGGACCCGACAACACACUCACGGAGAAGGCAAUUGCUGCUUGUCUACCUCGUGUUCUUUGCUGAAGCCAUCAUGGCCUCGAGUCUACAGCCUCAGCUCCAAAUGCUCCUCUCAUCCUCCGACUACUGCGGCAAUCUCUCCACAUCCUACCUUCGCAGUAUUCUCGACUGCGCGUAUGCGUUCGGCGGCACCACCGGCCUCUUCUGGGGGUAUCUGGCGGAUCGCAUGGGACGGCGGCGCGUUACGCUGAUUGGGCUAUGGAGUAUGGUGGUUUGCUGUCUGAGUAUGGGCUUUGCGACGAACCUUGCUGCUUGCGCUGCGUUCAGGUUCUUUGCGGGCAUGGUCAGCUCGGCGGUUGUGUGCACCAGCUUGACGAUGAUUGGGGAUUUGAGCGCGACUGCAGAAGGAAGGGCGAAGAACGUCGCAAAGCUGCCUUUGAUCUCGCUGUGUGGCUCUGUUGGACCCCUUGUUCAGGGCAUGGUCUCUGAGAGCCUACAAGCAUAUGGCAUGGUGUGGGAGAAGUUCCCUACGCUGGGUUCGGAACUGGCUUGCGGAAGUGUGCUUUUCGCGAUUGCGCUGGCUGCUUCUGUCUUGCUAAAGGAGAGUCUGCCGCUCCACUACGACGUACCAACCGAACCUAUGGAUCUGGACUGCGAGAAAGCAGCCUUCCUCACACGCAGCUCGGAGGACACCAACAUCACCCUCGUCGAUGAUUUCGCUCGCCCAGAAUCCAUCACCAUUACGCAGUUCAUGCAAGCGCCCUCCCUCCUGGUCCUCCUCUCAUCAUUUUGCCUUCUCUCCCUCCACGCCGCAACCUUCGACGUCCUCCUUCCGCACCUUGGUCACAGCAGCACACAGCACGGCGGCAUGGGCAUUCCGUGCGAUUGGCUCAGCCUCGUCAUACUAUUUGUGCGCGGCGUCGCCGCCAUGGCCAUCUUCUCUCUCAUCCCCAUGAUGAUAGAGAAGCACGGUCUGCUUAACCUCUACCGCACAGUCUCGCUCCUCUUCCCCGCCAUCUACAUCAUCACGCCGCUCCUCGCUCUCCUGGCAGCAUGCUCCGGCCUCGCGCCCCUUCUCUCGGUCUUCGCCAUCCUGACAAAACAUAUACUCGCAAGCGGCGCACUUGUUCUCGUUAUGCUUCUCGUUCUGAACACUACACCCGACGCUUUCUCCGCAGGAACAGUCGUCGGCAUGAUGCAAGUCGCAUCGCUAUUCAAAGCCUUCGCUGUCGCCGUUAGCGGUGCUAGCUACUACGUCAGCAGCGACGUCAGUGUGCCUGUUAUCAAUUUUGCGCUCUGGACAUGCCUGGCUAUCUUCGGCGCAGCAGGUGCCGGGUGUGCGUGGUUUGUGAAAGAGAGGCCGAGCGUGGGGCUCGACUUCAAGGGCGAGGUGCUGAAGUGGGAAAGCGUCUUCGACUUCGAUGCUGAUGAAGUCGUUGACGAGAAGCUCGAGGAGAACUUUGUGAUUGGCGAUGAUUGA